GCGCCCCCCCCCCCCACUGUGUAACUCGGACCCCCCGCAGUUUCGGACCUCCAAGCGAGACCCCCCCCCCCCCCCCACCAAUCGGACACCUGGACCACUGAGCUCCCAGGAAGGUGAGAAUCCAAGGAGGAGGAGGGUGCCGGCUGAAAAGAGGUGAACACACCUCUUCGACCACCUCCUUUUCUGCCCCGCCCCACCGACCCGGGCAUGAUGAGGGUGGACGUCUCCCUCCUCGUCACCGCCGCCUUGGUCGCCAGCCUCUCCGUCUGCGUCGUUCACUCGCAAGUUUUGGCACCAAAGAACCUCCGAUUCAAGUUCCUGAAAGACAACAAUGUGCAGAUGGUGUGGAAGGCUCCGACGGGGAAGAUUUCGGGAUACAAGAUCGUGAUCGCUCCAGCACCCGACGGCGUUGGGCCGUCCAAGGAGCUGAAGCUGCCCAAGGGAGCCACCAAGACGGUGCUGAAGGAUUUCCGUGCCGGCACCGAGUACAUGGUGACCAUGGUGGCCUACGACGGCUCGGCCGAGAGCCCGCCCAUCGUGGGGAAAGUGACGAUCGAGGCCAAGACGACCAAAACCACCACCAAGAAGACGUCGAAAAAGCCCUCUACGAAGAACGAAGACCGCUCAUCUUCCGACGGCUGCGUCCCCGGCACCGCGGUCGACCUGGUUUUCGUGGUGGACGGCAGCUGGAGCGUCGGCCGCGUGAACUUCGAGAAGGUCAAGGGCUUCAUGGCAUCCCUGGUGCAGGCCCUGGUGCGUGCCGCUUCCUCCUCCUCGUCGUCGUCGUCGGAGGAGGAGGAGUCCUCCGAGGAGGCCGAUUCUGACUCUGGGGGCGGUGGCGUCCGUGUCGGCAUCGUGCAGUACAGCACGGACGCACGCACUGAGUUCUUGCCCAACGAACACACGGAUGCCGAAAAGCUCAUAGAGGCCAUCCAGAAGCUCCCCUACAAAGGAGGCAGCACCAAUACCGGAGAUGCGCUGCAGUUCGCCCAGCGCAUGAUGUUCGCGGAGGGCGCGGGCACGCGCGACGGCAUUCCCAAGAUCGCCUUCGUCAUCACGGACGGGAAGUCCCAGGACGCAGUGGCGGCACCCGCCCAGCAGCUGCGCAGCGCGGGCAUCGAGAUUUUCACUCUCGGCAUCAAGGAGGCGGACGUCGCGGAGUUGCAGGAGAUGGCCUCCGCUCCGCUGGAGCGCCACCUCUUCAACGUGGCGUCCUUCGACGAUGUCAAGGGCGUGCAGGGGGAGAUCAUCUCGCACGUGUGCCAGGGCGUGAAGCUGCAGAUGACCGUUGCGCAGGAAGGGGAAUCGUUGCCCGCGAGCAGGAGGCGCGUGGACCUGCAGGUGAGUGACAUCUCCACGCAGAAGAUGCUGGUGUCCUGGCCCAGCGUCGCUGGGGCCACCUCCUACCAGCUGGCGCUGCGCACGGCCGACGGCCUCUCCUACAGCGACUACGUCAUCACCGCUGCAGCCACCUCUUUGCAGCAACAGCGGCUCGCCAAGCUGAGGCCCGACACCACCUACCUGCUGUCCAUGAGGGCCGUCUUCCCUGAAGGCCCGGGGUCCGAGACUGAGGCCGAAGCGACUACUGCCAAACUGAACGGCCUGCUGGUCACGCAGGAGACCCCGUCCAGUUUCCGCAUCAGCUGGCCCCGCCAGGAGCCGUCGGCACGCCGACUCCGCCUCUCGUACCGCCCGGCGGCUGGGGGCAAGGCGACGGAGGUGACGCUGCCGCCCGGCGCCUCGUCGGCCCUCGUGCGCAAGCUGCGCCACUCGACGGCGUACAGCGUGGAGCUCACGCCCGUCAUGGCCGCGGGGGACGGGCCCACCCUCAAGGCCACUGCCACCACUCUGGAAGCCGCCAAGUUCAAGCCACCGAAGAACCUGCGCGUGCUGGAGGAGGGCACCGAGGGCCUGCGCAUGGGCUGGAAGGCUGGCCCCGGCAAGGUGUCAGGGUACCGGGUCCACUACGCCCCCCAGGGAGACGAGGAUGCCUACGGGGAGGUGAUGCUGGGGCCGGACGACACCUCGGUGCUACUACGCGACCUCCGGCCCGGCACGGCGUACGGCGUGAACGUGCACGCCGAGAUGCAGGGCGGCGGGGAGAGCGCCGCGCUCGAGGCGCUGGUCACCACCAGCGAGUACGAGGCGGUGACCGCGCAGACCCCGACCGGCCGCUUCGAGUGCAGCUCGCAGGCGCAGGUGGACCUGGUGAUCGUGCUCGACGGGUCCUGGUCCAUCGGGCGCAUCAACUUCCGCCUGGUGCGCGAAUUCCUGGAGCAGCUGGUGCAGGCGUUCGAUGUGCAGGCCGACAAGAUCCGUGUCGCCCUGUCCCAGUACAGCGGGGACACGAGGACCGAGUGGGACCUCAACACGCACACCACCAAGGCGGCGCUGCUCGAGGCCGUUCGCAGCCUGCCCUACAAGGGAGGCAACACCAACACAGGAAUGGCCCUGGAGCACGCCCGCCUGCAGAACCUGAAGCCCGAGGCCGGCGCUCGCCCCGGGGUGCCGGCCAUCGUGGUUCUCAUCACCGACGGGAAGUCCCAGGACGACGUGGCCCAGCCGGCGGCGGAGCUCAAGAGCCGGGGGGUGGAGCUGUUCGCCAUCGGCGUGAAGAACGCGGACGAGCAGGAGCUGCGGGCGAUCGCCUCGAAGCCGGUGGCCACGCACGUCCACCAGGCCUCCGAGUUCACGGGGAUGGCGGCCAUCGUGGAGGGGCUGACCCGCGUCGUCUGCUCGCGCGCCGACAUCCUCUUCACCGCGCUGCGAGGCGGGGGCGACGGUGGCGUGGCGGUGCUGCCCCCGAGUGGCCUCUCCACGUCGGACGUGACCGCCGGCGGCUUCCGCGUGAACUGGAAGCAAUCCGUGGGCCCCGUGUCCGGCUACCGAGUGGUCUACUGGCCGCACGAGGGCGGCCCACAGGAGGAGGUUCUGGUUGGGGGUUCGGAGAGCUCGGCGCUGCUGCAGAACCUGCAGCCGGAGACGCAGUACCGGCUCCACGUCGUGGCGCUCUCCGUCGGCGGAGCUUCCGGCAACAGCUCGCAGAUCACCGAGACCACUGCGUCCCUGGGCUCAUCCAUUCCCGAGCUGCGUGUGCACGACGUGACGGCGAGCAGCAUGCGCGUGCAGUGGGAGGAGGCCGAGGGCGCCACGGGCUACACGCUCACCUACGCCCCCGUCGGCAGCGGCGAGGACGAGGACGGCGACAAGGAGGAGAAGCUGGGCCCGGAGGUGACGGACUUCCUGCUGGACGGGCUGGAGGCAUCGACGGAGUACGUGGUGACGCUGUACGCCAUGUACGACGACGACGAGAUCGGCGAGCCGCUCACCGUGCAGGAGACCACUCUGCCGCUGCACUCUCCGGUCGGGGGCGUGCGGAUCUCGGAGGUGACGCACAACAGCAUGCGCGUGGCCUGGGACGCGCCGUCGACCCGCGUCAAGAAGUACCGCAUGCUGUACGAGCGGGAGGACGGCACUGGCGCCAUUGAGGAGGACAUCCGGGCCAAUGUGACGUCGGCCGUGCUCAAGGGGCUCAAGUCGAACACCGCCUACCUCGUCACCGUCUUCUCCGUGUCCGAGGACGGCCAGUCGGAGCCGCUGAGCGGCCGCGGCACGACACUGAAGAACCCGACUCCGCAGUCCCUGCGCUUCUCCGACGUGGGAGAGAAGAGCGUUCGCGUCUCCUGGGACGCGGCGGCGCCCGACGUCACCAUGUACCGCGUUCGCUUCACCGCGUCGCCCUCGGACCGCACCCAGGAGCUGGUGCUGGGUGGGGACCAGACGUCGGUGCUGCUGGAGAAGCUGCUGCCCCAGACGCCGUACGAGGUCACCGUGGCGGCGGUGCACGCCGACGAGGCAGAAAGCAGUCCCCUGUCGGGGCGCGUCACCACCGGAGACAAGUCGUCUGUGCUCACAUACACGUCCGCUCCUCGCGUUCCAGGUGGGCCCCAGGGGCCCCGGAACAUGGUGUUCUCGGACGAGACGACGAUGAGCAUUGAGGUGACGUGGGAGCCGGCGGAGGGCCCCGUCACCUCCUACCGCGUCACGUACGAGCCCACGCGGCGCACGCAGCGCGAGGAGAUGGUGCUGGUGCCGGCUCGCUCCAACUCGGUGGUCCUGCAGCCGCUGGCGCCCAGCACGUCCUACAAGGUGACGGUGACGGCGCUCUACAGCGACGGCGACGGCGCCAGCAUCGCCGGCAUCGGCCGCACCAGUGUUGCAGCCGGGCACGCGCCGCCCAACAAUUUCCGAGUGGUGGACGAGUGGUACAACCGCUUUCGCAUCACGUGGGACCCACCUACGACGCCUCCCAUGGGCUACCGCAUCGUCUACCAGCCCGUCGAGGGUGGCCAGGCGUACGAGACGGUGGUGGGCGACGGCGUGAACGCGGUGGUGAUGCAGAACCUGGCGAGCGGCACCGAGUACCUCGUGCGCAUCUACGCCACCUACCCCGGCGGGGCGAGCCAGCCGCUGCAGGGCCGCGGACGCACGCUGUACCUGGGCAUCGACGACCUGUACGCGUCCAGCGUGGAGGCGAACAGCUUCUGCGUGCAGUGGAACCCCCAUCGCGACGCCACCAGCUACAGGGUGACGCUGGAGUCCCUGAGAGGGGAGCAGCCGAUGCAGGACUUCAAGCUGGGCCGCGGCGUCACCACGCACUGCCUGGACAACCUGCUCCCCGGCGUGCAGUACCGCGCCAAGGUGUACGCGCGCUACCGCGACAUGGAGGGCCCCCCCGCCUCCGUGCUGCAGUCCAUCGAUCCGGGCGUCGGGAUGCCGUUCUACCCUCAGGCGAUCCCCACCUCAGCGCCGACGCCUCCUCCAAUACGCCAAGUGUGCACCUCGGCCAAGGCCGACCUCGUCUUCCUGGUGGACAGCUCCUGGAGCAUCGGCGAGGAGAAUUUCCAGAAGCUGAUCUCGUUUGUGCACGGCAUCGUGUCGUCCUUCGAGAGGGUCGGCCCCAGCGCCUCGCAGGUGGCCCUGGUGGUCUACAGCGACAACCCGCGCACAGAGUUCGACCUCAACGAGUACGAGAACCGCAAGGAGGUGCUGGGGGCUCUCAGUUCCGUGCGGUACCUGGGGGGCAAUACCAAGACCGGCCGCGGCCUCAAGCACGUGCAGAAGGAGCUGUUCAGCUCCACGGGGGGGAUGCGCAAGGCCGUGCCCAAGGCUCUCAUCCUCAUCACGGACGGACGCUCGCAGGACGACGUCACUAAGACGGCGCAAGAGCUCCGAGCCAGCGGCUACAGCAUCUUUGCGGUGGGCAUCGCGGACGCGGACAUGAGCGAGAUGCACCAGGUGGCAAGCCGCCCCAGCGAGAAGCACGUCUACUUCGCCGAGGACUUUGACUCCUUCCGCAAGAUCGAGAACCAGAUCAUGUCGCACCUGUGCCAGGUCGCGUCCAUCCCGUGCCCCAUCGUCUUCAUGAAUGGCUACACUGUACCAGGCUUCCGCAUGAUGGAGGCCUUUGGCCUGGUGGAGAAGACCUACGCGUCCCUGGGAGGCGUCUCCAUGCAGCCCGGCUCCUUCAACGAGUUCGCCGCUUACCGCCUGCAGAAGGGAGCCCUGCUCAAGGUGCCCACAAGCGAGGUGCACCCGGAGGGGCUGCCCCCCGAGUUCACGGUGUCCUUCCUGCUGCGUGUGCUGCCCGAGACCGGCACGGAUCCAUUCUCCGUGUGGGAGCUCACCAACCAGCGCCUCAAGCCCGAGCUGGGGGUGCAGCUCGACCCCGGGAGGCAGUCCGUGACACUCUUCGGGCUGGACGAGACCGGAAAGAUGCAGAACAUCGCCUUCACAGGGCCAGAGGUCAAGACCAUCUUCUACGGGAGCUUCCACAAGGUGCACGUGGCAGUGACCAAGUCGGAGGUUCGUCUCUUCAUCGACUGCUCGCUGGUGGCGUCGCGCCCCACGCGCCCCUUCUCCAACUACUCCACCGACGGCUUCGAGCUGCUGGGUCAUGUCGCAAAAUCCGCCGGGAACAAAGCCACCUCGGCAGACUUCCAGUUGCAGAUGUUGGACAUGGUUUGCAACGCGGACUGGGGUACAAUGGACAAGUGCUGUGAGCUGCCGUCGCUGAGGGUGGAGGACUCGUGCCCGUCGCUGCCCCACGCGUGCUCCUGCUCCCAGGACAGCAAGGGGCCACCCGGCCCCCCGGGCCCCCUCGGCAGCCCUGGCCCAAAGGGACCCCGUGGGCACCCAGGGACCCCAGGAACUCAGGGUGGAGCUGGGCUGCGUGGAGAGCAGGGGCCUAGGGGACCGCCCGGGCAGAGGGGACCCCAAGGGCCCAGCGGGGUCUCUAUUCCUGGAACCCCUGGCGGUCCGGGAGACAAGGGCGAGAGGGGCCAUCCUGGUCAACCAGGACCCCCGGGUCCCGUGGGUCCAGUGGGGCCUUCUGGACGCGCAGGAUCGGAGGGCCCGAGGGGCCCACCAGGAAAAGACGGGGAGAGGGGGACGGCCGGACCCCCCGGCCUCAUGGGCCCUCAAGGGCCUGGCGGCGUGGACGGGAUGAUGGGGAAACCGGGCCCACGCGGACCAUCGGGAGACCCGGGCUUGCAGGGUAUCAAGGGAGAGCCAGGAGAGAGGGGCGACACGCAAGGCCAGCAAGUUGUGCGCAUGAUCGCGCGGCAAGUUUGCGAGAACCUCCUCAACGGCCAUAUGACCCGCAUCAGCAGCAUCAUCAACCAGAUGCCCAACAGCAACAACGGCGGUGGCCGCGGGACGCCUGGGCCACCCGGGGAGUCCGGCCGAGCUGGGGCGCGGGGCCCGCCCGGAGAGACGGGGCCCAUGGGCCGGCCCGGCUUCCCUGGGCCGUCCGGCACGCCGGGCCUCCGCGGGGAGAGAGGUGUGCCCGGGGAGAAGGGGGAGAGGGGAAACCCUGGCACGGGAACACGUGGACCCCCAGGACCUCCCGGCCCGCCAGGUGUCGAGGGCAUCGGCCGCGAGGGCAGCAUGGGCCCGGUGGGGCCUUCCGGGCAGCGGGGCCGGGACGGAAUGCCCGGCACGAGGGGUCAGUCGGGGCCGCCGGGCCCGCCCGGCUACUGCGACCCGUCACAGUGCGGCGGGGGCGGCGGCGGCGGCGGGGGCUACGGCGUGGCCGGUGGAUACGACCGACGGACGGAAUCUGGGGAGCCAGAAGCCCCGGCGUUUCCCGUCACCGGCUACAACCCUUACAGCCCGUACGGCCAGCCAGAGCCCUACCAGCCGGAGCCGUAUCAGCCGGAGUCGUACCAGCCGGAGUCGUACGGAGCCGACACAUAUGGCUCGCAGGCCUACAACAGCAGAGCGGUGGGUGGCGGCGGCGGCGGCGGCGGUGGUGGUGGCGGCGGUAGCAGCAGCAGCAGCAGCAGCCGCGUCACCAGCUUCACCCGAACGGACGGGUUCGAAGAUGGCGAUGGUGGCGGAGGUGGCGGUGGCAGCAGUAGCCGGGAGACGGUCAUCUCGCGCACCGUGGUGCAGCCGCGCACCUACGUGUCGUCGAGCGUGCGCCGAUUCCAGGUGCUCGAGGAUGGCACUGAGGAGGAGCUGGAGGGAGACGAAGAGGAGGAGUUCUUCGAGGAUUCGAGACCCCCCCGCGGUUGAGGAGUUGGGUGGGAAAUUGGCGUCCGUGCUGUGCGGGGAGGAUAGAGGAAAACCACAAGGGGAACCCGGAGUACAAUGUGGCUUGGGAAGUUUGGAAUCGGUGUUCAUUUUGAUGACAGAAUUCGUGAUGGAGAUAUUCAGCAAUAAGUGUUAUUUUUAGUUUGGCUACAAGUGGACAAAACGGGGCCCCAGCUGCCCAGCCAGAGACCUAAGCGUGACUACGAUGAGAUGGCAUUGACUCGUUGGAAUACAAAUGCAGAUUGAAAUAAUUCGGCAUAGUUAUUCGAGACUACAGUGGACUUGUUGGCUUACCUGCAAUAUCGUAGGGGGGUGAUAAAAUGAAUGGCAUGCUCAUUUAAAAUGGACAAUACUUUUUUCAGAAGCGUGCGUUUAGAGUAUUUGCCUGCUAUACAUUUCCACGUCAUAAGCCACUCCGUUGAGCUAUCGUUUGUGGCCAAGGUCGCUUUUGUAGAAGAGCUACAUUGCUCAGUGGGGCCUUACCCGGCAAAACAAGAAUUGUUUAGUAAUAGCUUAGUUUUAUUUUGACCACUGUAGUCAACUAAACUCGGAGAAUGACUCGGCGAAGCCCGUCACCGUGUAACUAACGCUUCACCAAACUUCCACAGCUUGUCGUCGACUUGGCUAAGACUACGGUUGCAAUAUAAAACAUGCCGACUAGAUUAACGCGGGGCGGAAUAGAGCGCGGGGGGGAAAUGAAUAUAAAUAUAUUUUUAGAAAAAAUCCUAGGGGCCAACGCUUGUUGAGAUUUCGUUCAGAUGCAGGCAUUGUUCGGUUUGUUUUUGCUUUCGAGGUCUUUAAUUGAAUGGCAAUUAAAAGUGAACGAUGGCAAUUUAGCAACGCCUCUCCGAUCCUCCGCACUGCCGCGAGAUGCCUGUUUGCACGGUACAUGGUUUCAACUUCACCGUUUCAUUUCCUCGCCGUUUCCUCGUGGGAUUGAGGAUUUUUUUUGGGGGGGGAGGGGGGUGACGUAAGCGAAGGAAGUGAGAUUUAUUUAAAACAAAGGGUAUUGCAAGGAUAUUUAACACGUCAUAGAUGAGUAGUUUUUCUACCUGCUAAAGCUGUAGUGGUUGUUGUCAGGUUUUGCCCCAUAAGGGUAUCGGUGUGAGCGGUGGUUUACUUAAGAGGGAAUCUGAUGGCGAGACACUUUGAGGACAUAUGAUCGUGGCUUUAACUAACCAGGAGCCAACAGCUACGCUAAUUGGCCUUUUUCAGUUUUGUGGAUUUUAUUUUUUAUCUGUCUCGUCUCAAGCAUGAGCAACUUUCCCUGCUGCCAGUAUUUAACUAAUGCAAUCCUUAGCUAAGUUUCGACCCUGGGUUGUUUCAUUUCGUUUGGCAGUUUCUGGACCGAAGACUUCAUCCCAAACGUAUGGAUGCAUUUAAGGCUUCACCACCACUUGAAUAUGGCUUUGUUAUUCAAUGUGCUUUCAUCUUACUUUGCGCAGUUGGUUGGACGUAUGUACACUCUCAAGCAGUCUUACUCACGACCUCUGAUCAGCCUCGGGGGGGGGGGGGUGCCUGCAUGUUCAGUUUUAGUGGCUUGCUCCUUGAAGUUCUCAACGCAUUCGCCGCGUUCCCGGCCAGUUCCAAAUGUUUAUUGCACCCGCGCACGCAAGCUCAGCAACGCGACUUGUUUACAAAGAUGCUAGAAAUUCCUCCCCUCCCCUUUUGUACCGAUGCAAAAACUUGGUAUAAUAAAUCGUUAGUCACAAA